UAUGAAAGCUGCCACCAAGUGGUUGUGUAAAGCGAGAAGGUUACGUGAGAGGCUGUUUUCUGUUUGCUUCCUCGUCUUUCUUCCAUUAAAAAAUGAGCUUUCACGACUGACUGCACCUAAAAAAAGGCCGGUCUUGAAGGCUUCCACCGUGUAUGCUGCUCCGUGUGUGGAAAAGAUCUCAUCUUCUCACCGCACCGAUAACAGCCCCGAGGCUCGCGCGACUCCCCAGUCAGGCUCGCAGACCGAAACUCUCCUUCGCUUCAUUCGGCGGAGCCACCAUGUCGGGGAAAAAACGCAAGGCGCCGACUGCCGAGGGAGGAAAGGAGCCCAGCGCCAAGCAGCCGAAGGUGGAGAAGGCGGAGAAAGCCGCGGGCUGGCUGCAGAACCUGGUGAAGCAGCAGAGGGAGGACAAGAAGGACAUGAAGUUCAACAAGAAGCGCCAGCGGUUUCUCACCGACACGGAGAAGAUCAAGCAGGGCUCGGAGGGAGUGCUGUACUGGAUGCAGAGAGACCAGAGGGUGCAAGAUAACUGGGCCUUGAUCCGUGCGCAACAGCUGGCCGCAAAGGAAGAGCUCCCCCUGCAUGUGUGUUUCUGUCUGGUGGUCCCGAAAUCGGAGCUGUCCACACUGAGACAUUACGCUUUUCUGCUGAAGGGACUGCAAGAAGUCGCAAAGGACUGCAAGCGGCUGAACGUCCAGUUCCACCUGCUGCGCGGGGCUCCGGGCGAAGUCCUGCCCGGCUUCGUGUCUGACCGCGGUCUGGGCGCCGUGGUGACCGACUUCUCCCCCCUCAGAGAGCCUCAGCAGUGGCUGAACGACGUCAAAAAGAAGCUUUCCAAGGACAUCCCCCUCAUACAGGUUGAUGCCCAUAAUAUCGUUCCCUGCUGGGUAGCUUCACCCAAGCUGGAGUAUUCUGCCAGAACCAUCAGAGGAAAAAUCACCAACCUUCUGCCUGAGUUCCUCACUGACUUUCCUCCUGUAGAGAAACACCAACAGACUGCCACGAGAACAGCUAAACCUGUAGACUGGGAGGAAACCCUGGCCUCCCUGGACGUUGACAGAACAGUAGGGGAGCCUCAGUGGGCCACGCCCGGCUCAGAGGCCGGCAUGGCCAUGCUGGAGUCCUUCAUCGAUGUCCGCCUGAAGCUGUUCGCCACGCAGCGCAACGACCCCAACAUGGCCGCUCUCAGCCAGCUCUCCCCGUGGAUCCGCUUCGGCCAGCUUUCAGCCCAGCGUGUGGCGCUGCAGGUCCGGCGCUGCGGGAAAAACGCCAGCGAGUCUGUGGCCGCCUUCAUCGAGGAGCUGGUGGUGCGCCGGGAGCUGACCGACAACUUCUGCUUCUACAACGAGAAGUACGACAAAGUGGAAGGUGCUUAUGAGUGGGCCCAGAAGACCCUGAAGGACCACGCCAAAGACAAGAGGGAACGCAUUUACACCCGGGAGCAGCUGGAGAAAGCACAAACACACGACAAGUUAUGGAACGGAGCUCAGUACCAGAUGGUAGCGGAGGGGAAGAUGCACGGUUUCCUGAGGAUGUACUGGGCCAAGAAAAUCCUGGAGUGGACCCGCUCGCCGGAGGAGGCGCUCUCCAUCGCUCUCUACCUGAACGACCGCUACGAGCUGGACGGUCAGGACCCCAACGGCUUCGUCGGCUGCAUGUGGUCCAUCUGCGGCAUCCACGACCAGGGCUGGGCGGAGAGGCCCGUCUUCGGGAAGAUCCGCUACAUGAACUACAAAGGCUGCCUCCGGAAAUUCAACGUAGCUCAGUUUGAGAGGAAGUACUGUCCCAAAAAGGCCUGAAGCACGGUGCGCUUGAAAGAAUGGAGAGGAAAUGUUUGAUGAGCUCCAUCUCUUACAUUUUCCCUCAGGGAGCGUUUUUUUAAUGUCUUUUAUGCUGUGGACGUUUAUUCUUAUCUCUGAAGCCAUCCAGUAAGCUAUGUUGGGCUUUUAUUUCCUUUAUUUUCUUUUAAACUCCACCAGCUUAUACAAACUAUUUUGCAGGAUGUUUUUUGUUACAUAUAUAUAUAUAUAUAUAUAUAUAUAUAUAUAUAUAUAUAUAUAUAUAUAUAUAUAUAUAUAUAUAAAUAUAUGUAUUAAUUUUAUAUAUUUUAGAAGCCUGUUUCUGCAUUGUUUUGAUGCUGCCUUUGGAGUCACUGUCACAGCUCUCGUGUGUAUUUUUUUUUUGUUUUUUUUGUCCACAUCUUUUGGCCUGUAUGACUCUGUUUGCCAAAAACAGAUCAACUAUUUUGAA